AUGCAAGGAUGUGCCCCCACCAGCCACAUCGCUUGUAACCACAAUGGCCAAUUUCAUUCGAGAUGUAUUAGUCCAAGAGCAAUUACGUUCAGCGCUGCUCAAAGAAACCUUAUUCUCGAUACAUUCAACCGAAAUAGAAAUCAAAUAGCUGCAGGAGGUUUUCGCGUAUUUUUGCCAGCACGACGAAUGGCUAGAGUUACAUGGAAUGAUCAAUUGGCAUGGCUUGCAAGGUUGAAUGUCAGAUCAUGUCAAAUGGUACAUGACUCUUGUCGCAACACCCCUGAUUUCCGUUGGGCUGGUCAAAACAUGGGAAUUAUAUCGACAACUGGAAAUUUCCACACAACUGAUAUUGUUAUCAAAACAGUCAUUGCGAAUUGGUACAACCAAAAUCAACAUGCGCUUAUGUCUGAUAUGAACAGAUUCGUUUCAGGAGCUCCAAGGGGACAAACUAUUGGUCAUUUCACUGCAAUGGUAACUGAACGAACAACACAGAUUGGAUGUGCCAUUUCUCAAUAUGAAACUGUUAGUGGAACUACCCGCUGGCGUCAUUCCUUGAUGACAUGUAACUUCGCCUCUACCAACAUGUUGAACUGUCCCGUGUAUAGAUCAGGCACAAGAGCUCAAGAUUGUACUCUUGGAGCUGACCCUCAAUUCCCAGGAUUGUGUCGUGCCAAUGAACCCAUCAAUCCAAAUACAUUAGUUGGAUGUUAGAUAUCAAGUUUGAAGAACAGAUAAAUUAUUCAUUGUCACAAUGAUAAAUAAAAUUUAUUGCAUUCG